UGGGACUCACCGGCCUGCAGUCAUGCAUUAUUGAUAAUAACAGCCGUGCCUCUUUAACUGGCUUUGCUCUACGACACUUGAGGGUGCGUGCAUGAACAUGCCUGCAAGCGGGUGUGUGUGCAUGUGAGUGUGUGUUGAGGGAGGGAAACAGGCAGAGAGAGAGAGAGAGAACCAACGCCAGCAUCUUUCAUUCCCUGCACUCUGGAUAACCAUCUCUUGAUUUUUGUUGCGGGGGGGGGGGGAGAGGAGGAGAGAAAAGAAGGGGACGCCUAUUUUCCCAUCGCUGCCACCUCUUCUGCAGCUCCAUUCAUCCUGAUCUGGUGGGAUGCAUCUCUCCGAGUAUUCCCCCCCCCCAGGUUGUUGUUGUUAGUAUUAUUCUCUGUCUCCCCCCUCCCUCUGUCUCCCAUCUCCAUUUCUGAAAACAACAGAGACCAGCCGUGGAUUCUCCUCUGAGCAGGCUGGAAGCAGGAGGUUUGUGUGCUGGAGGAGAGGGGAGAAGGAAGAAGGUUCCCUGGCUGAGGUUCUCCAUCAGGCUGGAUUGGAAAACAAGGGAGAUUUCGACUCCUCUUUGCUGUCCCCCCACCACCACCUCUGGCAUCCCUCCAUCCGGUCCCUGAUGCUUCUCUUCCUUACAUGAAAAGGCCGUCGGUGUGCGGAAGGCAUGGCAUGAGCUAAAACGACUCUCCUGGAGAGUGACCUUGGAAGAUGUCGAACCAGAGUAACGGUGAUACGAAACCUCCAUGUUUACCCCGGAACGGACUUGUGAAGAUUCCCGCCCAGGCCAAUGGACUCGGCUCUGCCAGCAUCACCAAAGGGACGCCAGCGAUGAAAAACCGCUUGUGCCAGCCUUCAUCUGUGCCUGCUCUCAUCGGUCCAGCCUUAGCAAAUCACAGCGACCUGCCCAUCCCUGGCCUGGCGCCACCCUUGUCCUUGGCGGCUCUGGCCGGGGUGCCAUCUCCUUCUGGAGCUGCCAUGGUGGGACUGAACUCCAGCGAGGCUUCCCCGACAAACGGGGAGGUCACUUCCCUCGAAGGCCUCUCCGGUUCCCCCAGUGAACGGCAGCUGGCUGUGGACGAGAAGAUCCUCAACCGCUUGUUUACGUACUUUUCCGCCUGCGAGAAGUGUGUCCUGGCCCAGGUCUGCAAGGCAUGGAGGAGGGUCUUGUACCAGCCCAAGUUCUGGGUGGGCCUGACGCCGGUGCUACACACCAAAGAGCUUUACAACGUCCUGCCCAGUGGAGACAAGGAGUUUGUCAACCUCCAGGGUUUUGCUAUCAGGGGUUUUGAGGGGUUUUGCCUGGUCGGCGUCUCUGACCUGGACAUUUGUGAGUUCAUCGAUAACUAUCCUCUGUCCAAGAAGGGGGUGAAAUCCAUGAGCCUUAAGAGAUCGACCAUCACAGACGCAGGCCUUGAGGUCAUGCUGGAACAGAUGCAAGGGGUGUUGCGGCUGGAACUGUCCGGCUGUAAUGAUUUCACCGAAGCUGGCCUCUGGUCGAGCCUGAAUGCCCGCAUCACUUCCCUGAGCGUCAGCGACUGCAUCAACGUGGCCGACGACGCCAUUGCCGCCAUCUCCCAGCUGCUGCCCAACUUGACCGAGCUGAAUCUCCAAGCCUAUCAUGUGACGGACACGGCCCUAGCCUACUUCACUGCCAAGCAGGGUUACACAACCCACACCCUCCGCCUGAACUCCUGCUGGGAGAUCACAAACCACGGGGUGGUCAACAUGGUGCACAGCCUCCCUAACCUGAGUGUCCUCAGCCUCUCUGGCUGCUCUAAGGUGACAGACGAUGGCGUGGAGCUGGUGGCAGAGAACCUCCGCAAACUCCGAAGCUUGGACCUGUCAUGGUGUCCUCGGAUCACAGACAUGGCCUUGGAGUACAUUGCCUGUGACCUGCACAAGCUGGAGGAGCUGGUCCUGGAUAGGUGUGUGCGGAUCACAGAUACCGGGCUCAGUUACUUGUCCACCAUGUCAUCUCUUAGGAACUUAUAUCUCCGUUGGUGCUGCCAGGUUCAAGAUUUUGGCCUGAAGCAUCUGCUGGGAAUGAGAAGUUUACGCCUUUUGUCUGUUGCUGGCUGUCCUCUCCUGACCACAACCGGGCUCUCGGGCCUCGUCCAGCUUCAAGACUUAGAAGAACUCGAGUUGACAAAUUGUCCAGGGGCCACUCCAGAGCUUUUCAAAUAUUUUUCCCAACACUUGCCCCGUUGCAUGGUGAUCGAGUAAGCCGCUCCCUGGAAGAAUCUGACCAUCGUCUGGAGCCAGGUCCUCCAAUCCCAACCCAGCACUGACCAACCAAUCAGAGUCAUGGUUUUAUUUAUUCAUUUAAUAUAUCUAUAUAUAUA